GUUAGGUGGAGCAUUCGGAACAGAUGAAAUGAUUAAGAACUUAUUUUUAAGAAAACUAGCGCACUUAUUAAGCUACUAAUAGGAACGAUAGCAUCGCCGUGUCUUACAAUUCUUUCAGUAAGGAACGAGUGCCAUCGAUAUGCAGACCGAUAUGCAAGUUGAUGUGACGUGUCCACCUCCUCCGUUGGAUGAUUCCUUUCCUCAUGUCAGAUUACUUGAACAGAUAACAGCUUCCGAUAAAUUGCUAGUAAAGCACUUCCUUUCCCAACGCUCCGAAGCCGUCAGAACGAAAUCAGAUCAAAAUGCCCCAAAAACUGACCGUUACACCGAUAUACCGCAAUAUCGCAACGAACUUCGUGCCGCUUUGCUACUAUUGGAGCGCUUGAACCGUUCCAAGAUCGAUCUGGAGAAUAUGCUUCAACCGGAUGGCGACGACUCCGAACGGCACCAAGAUUGGACUACUGAGCUCGAUCAGACCGUGCCACUUGAAGAAGCUCUUCGCAAUAAAUUAGACUUUCUGCAAGAUCCCGCACGAUUGCAAAUCCUUUAUCGCAAGUUGGCCACACGACGCAAAAAACGUGCAUGGCAAAGGCGUCACAAUAAGCGUCUAGCCGAAAAGUCCAAACAACUGCAAAAGAAGCGCGAGAAACGGCUAGAGGAAAUUGCCCUUUGGGAGGCGGAUUGGGAUGAGCGAUUGAACCGGGAGCGUGCGACGCGGGAUGAACUGCUGGCAAAGUCCGCUUUCUUGGCCGAUGUACGACGACGCAAAGCACGGGCCAAACGAAACCUGCGAACGUUCGAAAAGACGGUUUAUCUUCGCAACCAACAACGUCCAGCCGAUGUUAGCGCGGCUGAAGGCAAACAGCAGAGGUCGUCGGAAGUUUCUGAGGAACGCUUUCGCCGUGAUAUCGACCAUUUAAUCACCGAGUGGAAGGCUAAACUGAGCGAGUACGUUAAGGAGGAGAAGAGACUGAAGGACGAACUGGCACGUCGUUCUACGGGAAACGAAAGUCGACGCCGUGAGAAUCGCUGGCGAAAGGCUCUCUUUGGUGACGCUGCUUCUGGUCCGCUCAAUCGAAAACUUAUCAACGACCCCGAUGAGCUUAUCGCCAUACGCCGAGCGUGGGACGUUUAUGCAUUGUCACAUAGCUUUGGUUCCGAUGAGCUAUCUUCCGGCUGUAGCGCAGUUCCUUUCGGGUGGGUAAAACCGCCGGAAAAUGCGCUCCCCGAAUGGCAGAUGUACAGAGAGAACCACAAAACCAAGGAAGACGGUAACACCGCACCCAAGACAUGAUUUAAACGCAGAAACACGUCGGCUCAGCCUGUAAUUGAUUAUCCAUCUUUUGAAAUA